AUGCGCCCGUCUUCAGGAAAUCAAACACUCCUCCAGAGCAAAUGCGCUCCCCUCAUCACCCAACUGCUUGACUUCUUCAGGAAAUCAAACACCCCUAGGGUCAACUAUCCUGCAGAUCAAUGGCUCCAAGUCUUCACUGCUGGAACUAUCCUGGAGAUCAAUGGCUCCAAAGCAAAUGCGCUCCCCUCAGUUGAUGUAGUGUCGCACCCAACUGCUCGACUUCUUCAGGAUGUAGUGUGUUGCACCCAACUGCUCGACUUCUUCAGGAAAUCGCACCCAACUGCUCGACUUCUUCAGGAAAUCAAACAUCUCACCCAACUGCUUGACUUCUUCAGGAAAUCAAACACCCCUAGAGCAAAUGCGCGGGUCAACUAUCCUGCAGAUCAAUGGCUCCAAGUCUUCACUGCUGAUGCUGCAAAACUUACUGGCCCUUGA